UUAAUCGCUGUCCGUGGUGGUCAGUUUACACUUUACGCAUAGAUUCCUCAUGAUCUUGCUGCUGCGGUGGAAUAGGAGGGUCCACGGUGCGGAUCGGUGCGGUGUGGAGUGGAAGAGAAGGCGGUGAGUCAGUGGUACAGCAAUCGAGGGCAGGGCGGUACAAGGGAAGAAGACGCAGCCUUGGAGCGCGCCGCGCAUACGGAAGGGAGCCGCUAACUGACAGCCGGAGAGGAACGGAGCGCCCCGCUCGGCUCACUGGCGGAGAGGAGCACUCUAAUCUCCCCUCCUCACACCCGUCUUGUCAAAGGCUUCUCUGUGAUCCAACUGGCGCAAAUGGGCUACGGGAGGCUCUAUCCACCAGCGGGUUUGGCAUAAAACCUUUUCCGACGCGUAAACAAGUAGGAGAAGGGGGGGAGGGAAGAGGACACAGCUGCUUUACGACUUCAUCCAAAUUCACUUAAAAUAAACGCACUCCAACUUGGUCAACCUUAACUCUCUUCUUACGAAGUGGACGGACAAAACAUAUAUAUAUAUAUAUUUUUUUUUUUGGAGUAGAGAAAAAAAAAGAUACUGUGCUCCUACUCUUGGGAUCAUUUGUAGGUUUCUUGGUUUAUUUUCUUCGCAAUCUUGAUGCAUAUGGGAAGCAAGUGAAAGGAAAAAAAAAUGACUGCAGCCUUCAAAUAAAACACGUGUGUUACCCUACUGAGAUGGAAUUAUGAACGGACGCUGAGGAAACUCCGGGGAGGAAUUUAAAUCUCAUUUUGGUGCGCAAUUUGCGGCUGAAGAACUUACAAUCCUUAUUUUCUUCAUUUUUUCCCCCCCUUUUUCCCAUGGAGUAGGCUUGAAUACCAGGUAUUGACUUUGACAGGUACAUAUUAAUGUGAAAGAAAAAAUAAUAAUAAAAUAAAGUGGGUUUAUUCUCUGACGCCCGGAAAGAAGAAAGACGGAUCUGAUGCGCACCUUCUCCGUGGGAUGGUAAAUGACCGAUGGGGAAUCAUGAAUAGCUCUUCUGAACUCGAAGAUGGAACUCGGCAUAAAAACCAGACGUUCUGUGAAUGUGUGCCCAGCUCCUCUCAACUCAAACAUCGCUGGUCAGACUCAGAAACCGCCAGGGAGACUCCGGCCAAGAGGAUGAGCUGCAGCUACCUGCUCUGCACCAUCCUGCUCUUCGUGGCCGUGCUGUUGGCCGUCACCGUAACCGGCACCAUCCUUUUCAUGAACCACUACCAGGCCCCGCCCAUGUCUGACGGCCUACCCCACAUUUCCACCAAUCAGGAUGAAGCAAACGCGCUGGUCACCGUGGAGAGGGGCGACGGCUCUCGUAUCAACAUCUUCAUCGACCCCAACUGUCCCGACUAUAACAGCAACUUCAUGAGGCUGGAGGGUGUGCAGACCUCACUGCUCCACUCGCUGACUGACCACGACUCUGACCUGAAGUCGGUCAAAGGUCAGGACAGGGCCCUGCUGGUCAGUCUGGCCGAGGAGGUGGCCAAGCUGUCAGCCCAUGCGGGACAGCUGAAGAUGGACUACGAGUCUCUGCGCCGGGGGCAGAGCAGCCUUGGUCAGGACCUGAAUACGCUACAGACAGAACAAGGACGCCUCAUACAGCUGCUGUCGGACAGCCAGAUCAACAUGGUGAAGGUGGUGAACUCCGUCAGCGAUGCGCUCAAUGCCAUGCAGAAGGAAAACGUGGGACUGAAGGCUCGGGUCAAGGCGGAUCUACAAAGAGCGCCGGUUCGAGGCGCUCGACUCAAGGGCUGUUCCAAUGGCUCUCGCCCCCGCGACUGCGGCGAUCUGUACGCCAGUGGUCAGAGAGAGGACGGCAUCUACUCCGUGUUUCCCGUUCACCACCCUACGGGCUUCCAGGUCUACUGCGACAUGACCACGGACGGAGGAGGCUGGACGGUGAGUCAGACCUGAUCCGGAGA